AGCCAACGUCACCUCACCCCCGCAGUUAAGAACGGUGCAGGUUGGACGUCUCUGCCUCGCAACCACCAUGUUUCUCUCUCGCCUUGCUCCCCUGCUUAUCAUUCCCUUUGUUGCUGCAGAGGGCAUUCACAAGCUCAAGCUCAAGAAGCUCCAGCCUGUUGCACAGAACCCGAUCCUCGAGACCGCGUAUCUCGCUGAGAAGUAUGGUGGUGCACCUCAACUCUCAAUGAUAGGUGCUGGUGGCCUAGGCCGCAAUGUCCGCGUCACCCGUCCCUCGCACCGGAAUGGCGAGGAACUCCUUUGGACUCAGGAGGAGUUCAAUGUCGACGGCGGCCACAAUGUGCCCCUCACAAACUACUUGAACGCGCAGUACUACACCGAGAUCAGCCUAGGUACUCCUCCUCAGACUUUCAAGGUUAUCCUGGAUACUGGUUCGAGCAACCUGUGGGUGCCUAGCGUCCAGUGUACCUCGAUUGCCUGCUUCCUCCACGCCAAGUAUGACUCGAAGCAGUCCUCUACAUACAAGGCGAAUGGUACCGAGUUUUCUAUUCAAUACGGCUCUGGGUCCAUGGAGGGUUUCGUGUCGAGCGAUGUUUUGAGAAUUGGUGAUUUGACCAUUACAGGCCAGGACUUCGCUGAGGCAACGAAAGAACCCGGUCUUGCCUUUGCUUUCGGCAAGUUCGACGGUAUCCUUGGUCUCGCGUAUGACACGAUCUCGGUCAACCACAUCACCCCUCCCUUCUACAACUUGAUCAACAAAGGUCUCAUUGAUUCACCAGUAUUCUCCUUCCGCCUUGGCUCGUCUGAGGAGGAUGGGGGCGAGGCGAUCUUUGGAGGCGUCGAUGAGAGCGCGUAUUCUGGUGCUCUUGUAUACGCUCCUGUCCGUCGCAAGGCUUACUGGGAAGUCGAGUUGAAUCAAGUUACUCUUGGCGAUGAUGUUCUCGAACUCGAGAACACAGGCGCCGCCAUUGACACCGGAACUUCGCUCAUUGCUCUCCCUACUGACGUCGCUGAGAUGAUCAACACUCAGAUUGGUGCCAAGCGCGGUUGGAACGGCCAAUACACCGUGGACUGCUCCACUGUCCCUGAUCUUCCUGAUCUUACUUUCACCUUCGACGGUAAACCCUACCCCCUCAAGGCGACCGACUAUAUUUUGGAGGUACAAGGCACUUGUAUUUCGUCCUUCACUGGAUUGGAUAUCAACGUCCCAGGUGGUGCGCUCUGGAUUAUUGGUGACGUUUUCCUCCGCCGAUACUAUACAGUCUACGACCUCGGCAGGAAUGCUGUUGGUUUUGCCAAGGCUGUUUAGAUAAGUUAACUGUGUUGCUUUUCACGCGUUCAGCGUUAUCGUGAUUACCUUGCAUUCAUUUGGAGGAACAUUCCCGUACUUCCCUUGUACUAUACGCAGUUCUUGUUUGUGAUAUUAUAAUUCCAGGCCUAAAUUUUGCUUGUUCAUGG